UUAUAUUCGAUGAAGUCUCCGUUGAUCUUAACAAAUUAGGAGUUGUUACACGAAGAACUAGUGCUGCCUACCAAUAAAAGCUGGUUUCGCAUACAUGAUGGCCAGUCUAACUUGCAUUUAAAAGGAUGGACAAAACAAUAAACAUCUAGAUGCUGAUCCCGACGAUUCUGAUCCUGACGAUUCUGAAGGUGAUUCCACAGAUGAGGAUGAGGACAGUAGAGGACUUGAUGAUAAGGUUGUGGGAAGUUAAAAGAAGAAGAGAACAUCAAAGGCAUGGACGAGGGAAUAACCGAGGAUUCUCUAUCAAAUGAUUGAAAUACAGAAAUUGAAGGAACAAGAAGGAUUUCCACGUCUUUCUGGACGUGAGAGUUUUGCUAUAGCAUCUUCUCAGCUCAAUGAAAAAGGUUAUUCAGAUCGGACCGUUUUUGCUCCCGUCACUGGUAUGUGCCAGGUCGCAUGUCAUGGAAUUAUAGUGAGACCCCAACUGUACAGAAGUGAGUUUCAAAACUAUCACUACUUUUGCUGAAAUUUCUUAGUAUAUUAAUACAAGCCAUCCAAGCAUCUCGAGUGAUGGAGAAGUACAAAAGCACAGCCAAACUCUUCGUUCACCAUCAAAAUAGGCUAUUACUGCAAUGGCAAAAUUAAUACAAGAAGCAGUAAUGCAAGCAUCAGUACCAUCUGUAAAACAAAGAUACAAACUUGCAACAGAGUAUGGUUUAAACUUUUUCCAGGUCUCUGUAUGCCCAGUUCUAAUCAAAUAUGCGAACUAUCAGAUUUUAACUAACAAUAUUUACCUAGGGUCACAUUGCCAAUAGACUUCACCAGGGAAAAGUAAAAGCAGAUAAACUGAAGGCGGACAAACUCAAGGCAGCAAAGAAAACAUCAGCGAAAGAAGCUUCAGCUCACAAGCGACCUAGACCACAAAGCCUGAACUUGACAGCCAAUGACAGGCUAUUCAAUGCACAAACUGGUAGUACUUCGAGAGAUACAAAUAUACUCAAAAAGCCACGGCUUGAUGUAGUCCCAGUCAAAACAUCAGUCAACAGCCACAGCAAUUUUCUGCCACAAGUUUCUGUAGAUAAAGUAAGUAUUCCUAUCUAGAUUUUCUGAGAGAAAUUAGCACAGAGAAAGGAUCAUCUUCAAAUCCUUACUAGAAGAGCUAUAUAAUCUCACAAUAAUAGCAAAAUGUUCUUCUCCCUUAACACUAAGCGAAUCCCUCGCUUAACCUUGAUCAUACACAAGCACAUUCUAAACCCCAUCCCAUCCAUCAUUCAAUAUCCACUACCCAUCCCUUAUAAACCUCCUCCCCGUCAAAAAUCCUCUUAAACCCUCACUACAAUUCAAAAAACAUCAAAUAUCAACUCAAGGUAUAAACACCAUCAAUUAUAUCAUCUCUCAAAUCAAUCAUUUAAUCAAUUAUUUAUAUAUAUAUAUAUAAAAUAAUCUAACUCUUUUAUAAUCAAAUCUAUAAAAAUCUUUUCAUAUUUGUAAAAAUAAUUAAUUAAAUUUCAAUACAUAAUUCUCCUUUUCUUUUGAAUAAUCAAAUCUUAAAUAUAUAAUUAAAGAAUUUUUAAUUAAAGAAACUUUUUUAUAUUUUGUUAUAUUUUAUAU